AUGGAGAACCAAUGGGAGACACUGCAGGCCUGGAAGGACCACAUGGCAAAGGAGCUGGAUACUGUGAUCUCUUUCUGGACGGAUUACUCCCAUGACCAGGAAUACGGGGGCUCCUUCUCAUGCCUUUCCCGCAAUGGGAAGCUCUAUGAUGAACUCAAAUAUCUCCUGCCACUGGGGAAGCAGGUAGGGAUGUAUUGUCGCUUGUACCGCACUGUUGAGCGCUUUCGCCGCGCUGAGCUUCUGGGUGCAGCAAAACCAGGUGGUGAGUUUUUGAUUCGUUUUGCUCGGGUGGAACCGCCUGCCAAGAAGUGUGCCUUUUCGGUGACUAAGGACGGCACUCCAGUGAAGGUGCAGCGGACCCUUUUCAGCGAGAGUUACUACACCUUGGCCAUGAAUGAGCGUUGGAGAGUGACAGAGGAAACACGUUAUCAGAAUGAAGCUGUGGAGAUGCUGGACCGGAUCGUCUACUGGGUGCGGGUGGACUCAAGUGAGCUAAGCUGGACUAGGUUCUCACGAACCCAUAAGGCAGAGGACUUGGCAGUGCCCACGAUGCUGCUCCACCUGGUGGAUCAGCUUCAGGAGGAAGAUGAGGAAAUGUCCAAGAAGUAUGCAGAACUAGAGGACUGGGGUGUCCAAAGGAUUCUAAAGCACCUCCAGGAAUGGAAAGCUGUGCUAGAUAAUAUAUCAGAGGAUGGCCAAGGACUUCCUGGUGCCUUCGGAAGAGAACAGAACCCAGGCCAGGCAAUUGAAGCUGGCCGGUACCUACUCCAGGAUGCCCAAAGGGAAGGUGACACCCAACUUCGAGAUCAAGUCAUUGACAAGUUUCUCUUGUUGCCUUUCCACUCUGGAUGGGAUGCUGAGCACGGAGGGUUCUACAGCUUCCGGGAUGUUGAUAAUUGGGUCCCCCACAGGCUGGAGUGGGACAUGAAGCUGUGGUGGCCACACUGUGAAGCCAUGAUUGCCUUCCUCAUGGGUUACAGUGACAGUGGGGACCCUACCUUGCUAAAGAUCUUCAAUCAGGUGGCUGAGUACACCUUCUGCCAUUUUCGUGACCUUGUGUAUCGGGAAUGGUAUGGCUAUCUGAUUGAAGAUGGAAGGGUGGGACUCAGCAUCAAGGGAGGCCUUUACAAAGGCUGCUACUACAACCCACAAUGCAUGGCCAUGUGUGAGCAGAUUCUGGGAGCCCUGCUCCAACGCACUGAAGACUCUAAAUAA